AUAAUUUGUACGCAACAAACGAUGUUUAGCAGUAGAUUGGUGUUUUGCAUCUGCCUGUAAAAAUGGCCUUCAGAGGAACUGGAACGCUGAUUUUGGUGAGUCUCUUAUGGCUUUUCUUCCUCUGCGCCACCAUUGCUUUCUUUCAGCUCCACUUGGUAGACAACCGAACCAGCAACCCUUCCUCUCGCAGUAACUUCAUUGCAACUCAACAUGAUCGCUCAGAUACCCCUUUGGAACAGGAUUUGGAGGGUGUCACUCACAAGGUGUAUUUUGAUAUUCAGAUCCAUGGCAAAGUAGUAGGUCGCAUAGUCAUGGGCCUUUUUGGGAACACAGUACCAAAAACUGCAGAAAACUUUCGGGCGCUUUGUACAGGAGAGAAAGGAGUGGGAAGAAGUGGGAAGUCUCUUCAUUAUAAAGGGAGCACAUUCCAUAGGAUUAUGCCGAGCUUUAUGGUCCAGGGGGGUGAUUUCACCCGUGGUGAUGGAAGAGGUGGAGAAUCAAUCUAUGGUGAUAAGUUUGCCGAUGAAAACUUUAAGCUGAAGCAUACUGGGCCAGGAUACUUAUCCAUGGCAAAUUCUGGGGAAGACACCAACGGCUCCCAGUUCUUCAUAACAACAGUUAAAACCAGCUGGCUGGAUGGACACCAUGUCGUAUUCGGCAAGGUACUUUCCGGUAUGGACGUUUUGUACAAGAUUGAAGCAGAAGGAAGUGAAAAUGGCUCGCCAAAAAACAAGGUUGUCAUAUUAGACAGCGGAGAAUUAACUUCAUGACAUGAUUUACGCAAGUUGAGAUGGAUUCUACAGCAUGAUUCACAAAUUCAGUGUGCAUACUUCAUCAUUUAGUAAAUGAAUAAGUUUGCAAAUGUUGGUGUAAUUUAAGGCUAUAUUGUUCCUAUUUUGCUUGUCUACACUAGUCUUGCUCCAAAGGAAGAAAAUUUAUUAGGGAUUGCCAGAGUGGAUUCUCAUUAACAAUAUACAUCAGGCUGAAGUGCGUUUUUAUGUAAUAGGUACGAGGAUAAAUUAUUUAUUCAAGUGCAUCAUAUACCAUGUCCUUUGCCACA